AAACCAUUUACACCUAACAUGAGACGAAAUCUACUAAGUAUAACGUUUUUUUGCCUCGUGGUUUUUAUAGACGCCAAAUUAGAUGUUGUUGAUUUGUCUAUAAAUAACCAACCUGGAGAUUUGAUUUCCACCAAUGUACGCACAUCUGGUCGAGCCCCAAUAUUAAUUUCAGGUAACGUUACAUAUCUGAAGGAUCUAUCCAAUGAACAACGCGUGUCGGUGGAUGUCAAGAAGACUAAUGGACUUUUAAGCGUGCUGGACUUUCCGGGACUCAUAACUAUGAACAUCUGCGACGCUAUCAAGAAGUUCUAUGAUCCUUAUAUCAAAACUACGUUUAAGACGGGCGAGAACACCAACUUGGAUUUUAAGAAUGGAAAGCUGUGCCCCAUCCCAAAAGGUACUUACUGGAUGAAGGACAUCGUGCUGGACCUUAACAAAUGGAAGUUACCUUGGUGGGUACUUCCUGGUUCCUACAACAUUAAUGUUUCGGUCUUAAGUAAGGAUGGAUCACCUGGCGGUAAUAUUGCCUUCCAAGCUAAACUUAAAAGGAAAUAGAUUUUCCGUGUGUACCCAGGAAAAUAACAAUUUGCAUUUAAAUAUUUAUAGAUUGAUUUAAAAAAUGUUGGUUAUGUAUGUUGGUACUAAAAAUAUAAAAUGUACUGAGCUUUUCCAGUUGUUUGUCCAUAUUGAAAAAACGAGAUACUAGAAAUGUAGUAAA